GCGAGUCGGUGCCCGCUAGCAACGACGACAGUAGUCAGACAGAGUCGUCGUUGACCCUCGGAGAAACCGAAGCCACGAAUUUCACGAUUACUCAAUUGACCAUUGUCUUCAGAGAGAGUUGGGGUACAAUUUAGGAUCGAACUAGUUUCUAAAAAUAAAAGCUGACACGAUCCAAACUUUUUCUUCUUGCAACUAUACAUCUACGUAUUGAUAGUGAAAAAGUGAAAUAAUGGGAGCAUCAAGUAGUAGUAGUGGCCCGCCGGCUUUGAUCUCUGCGAGCGAACGAGAGGCAGAAACAUCUUCGUAUCCGGAAGAUGCUGGCUCUACGAACGACGAAAGACAAAGAACGUAUGUCGGAACGAGCGUCUACAAGAGGAAGGAUCAGCCACGAUCGCAAGGUCCGAGCCCCUACGCGACCUUGAGAACUGAUGAAUUCUGGAAUCAGAGGCCAAUGGCACCCAGCCUAUCGAAUAUGCUGCCUUCCAAACGCGAAACUCUGUUAACGUGUGCCACGCAAAUGACAGGUUGGCAGUCGGCCGAUGGUCACAAUCACCCAAUGUGUCAACAGAAUAAUGAAAUCGUCGAGCUUUCGCGAAUCAUCUCGCAGCUGGCCAUGGCCAAUCAUCAAUUAGCCAGUGCGCACAGUGCAACGCUAACGCGUAUGGAAGCGUUAUAUUUAGAGUUGUCGAAGGAUCGAGAGAAUCGGAAGCAAGAGAUUACGGCAGAGAAUCUGGAGAUAUGCGAGGACGUUCCUCGGAAAAGGCUGCAGGAUGAAAACAUUGAAAAUGAAGAUAUGCAGAGAUUGGAGCAGCGUGUUCUUCGACUAGAAAAAUUGCUGGCGGCGAGUUCUUUUGAACAGCGGAAACAACGAUGCUCGCAAGAAGACAGCAAACCGCGCUCCAGAGCGGAAAUAUCGGAGAAUUCGCCGAAGACACGAGACCCGAGAAACGAGAAUUCCCGUUCCAGAUCCGCGGAAUCGCGUUGUGAAUCGUCGGACCAACGAACGAGUGACAUCGUGACAGAUGCCAUCGGUGAAGUAUCUGAUGAUUAUGGUGAUGAUCGAGGCACGACCAGCAAAGAUACGAAUGUUCACGUAUGCUGUGGCGCUUAUUCCGAUGAUUCCGAGACGAAUAUUCCUACGUUAGACGAAAACUCAUGUUCCGUGAACGUAGAUUUAGAUAAAGUGCGCAGAAAACGCGCAAGAUUGAGAGAUGACGAACAAGAUCCGACGAGAAGUCCAGCGAAGGAAGAAAUAUUCAGAUUAUCGGAAGAAGUGGAGAGAUUAAAAGCGGAUCGACUGGAAUUUCAGAGUGCGAACGAAAGAUUGCUGUGCAGUUUGACGGAUCAGAAAAAUUUAGUAAAAAAAUUAGACGUAGAUUACGAGGAACUGAGAACGCGAUAUACAACGGUAGAGGCUAAUUUGCACGAACGCAGACAACAAUACGACGAACUGACGAAGCACUUAGACUGCGCUAAGAAAGAAAUCGAAAGAUUGCUGAGAGAGAUCGAUAUCUUUCAAUCGGAAAAAGACACUGCCCACGCGAGAAUUUCAAUUUUGGAACAGAACCUGCAAAAAUCAUUGCUCGAGAUUGAACAGAUCAAGAAUGUGGAAAACCGAAAGAUAACAGAAUUGCAGGCACAACUGUCCGAAGAACUUUCGGACAAAAAGAAGCAGAUUAAGGCUCUUGAAGACGCUUUGCAGGAGAUUCAAAGACUGAAGGAGACUAUGAAGACUGAAAGAAGGAACGAAAACGAUGUUGCUUUGAGAGAAGAUAUUGGUAUCGUCGAUUCACUAGACGACGUACCGGAAAGUACAUCGAAUCCAAAUUGUGCCGCUUCGAGUAUGGACGAAUUUAGAAAGGAAUUAACCCUGAAGAGGGAAGCUAGACAUAGAGCUAUCGCGGCGGUCUCGUCCGAGAUGGAAAGACUUAGGAGAGAAUUGGAUGCUGAGAAGGAAGCUCAUUCCGAAACGUCGAGCUUGUUGGCUGAGUUGCGUUCCGCCUGUAGCAAUCCGCAUGAUCUCGAUCUCGCGAGCGAUGGUUUCGUGAAGGCUACGAUAAAGAAACAAGAGCGCGAGCACACGGAUGAAAGCGAGAAAGCGUUGAAAUGCGCGGAAGCGCAACGACUAACGCGUAUCCUAAAGGUAUCCGACGAGCUGAGAAAUAGCGUGCGAUACCAAAUCGAGAAGGUGGACGACCUUCGUUACCACCUGGAGACCGAUUCAGAGCGUCAUCGACAACGCAUUCGCUGUUUGGCGGAAGUGGCCGACAAGGCACGCGUGUCUCUCGUUGCGCGAGAACGUCAGACUAAUGAGCUGAAGAAUUAUCUGGCUCAACUGCUGGUCAGACUGGGCGACAGGAGUUUCCUGGAAAUUCAAGAUGACGCAGGAGUCGAGUGCGACCGACAGUUGGAGAAUAUAAACGCGCUGAAAGGUCUCUACAACGAGAGACUGAGGGUCUUGACCGAGUUGAAAGAUUCCGCGACCAGGGAGCUGACGGAUGUAAAGCAGAAGCUAGACUACGCUUUAAAGAAAUCGGAGAACUUAGAGGAGGAGCUUAAAAAAGCCGAGGACAAGGUCGACGCUCAAGACUCGGAAAUCACAAACUUGGAAUCGCAAUUGGGAUUAACCAAGGCGGAUUGCAGAGAUCUUCAAAAUCAGAUGUCUCUCAUUAAUGGAUUAUUCACGCAGAUGCUCCUUGGAGCUUCCUCUGCGGACAUGGAUCUUGAUCGGUUGACUCAGUUGCUGCAGGAGAAUCACGAUCUUAUAAGUGACAUAGCCAGGGAAGAGAGCACCGAAGCAGCGGCUCUUCCUAAACUUCUUUUAGAUUUGAUUGAGCAGGUCGAAGGCGGUAAAGCAACUCAGAAACACGCGAGCGAAGAGAAUAGUGCAGAUAAUGUUGGUGAAAUUGAUAGAAAGGAAGAUGAUCUCCAAGAGGAAGAUAUCGCCCAUAAUUUACCUAAGGUGUGGCGCGUUUUAUUGGAACUACUUAGUUGUCACGCGGUGACCUCUCCGAGCGUUUCCGUUGCGUCCUGUUCGGACCCGAACAGUUGUUACAAGUCUGUGGACACUCCGGCCGGCCCAAGACUAGUAAUAUCCGUGAGCAAAACGUACAUUCGUUUGAAGGAAUUAAUUCUGGAGAAGAAGCAUUUGGAGAAGGAGAUGAACCGCAUGAAGCAGCUGAACACUCAUUUAGAAAGUAAAUUAGGCGAACAGGAGAAGAGACUUUCCAUGGUGUCGGUCGAAUUGGCCAAAACAUGGAAUGUCGUCGGCCGGAUGCAGGCGCAGCAUCAGCAGUUGCACACGCACGAGGAGAUAUUAAGAUACGAGCUGCAGGAGAAGAGAAAAAUGUUGCAAGAGUUGAAGCAGGAGUUGGAAUACUGCAGAGAGAAAUGGGAAUCGGCUAGACAAAAAAACACGAACACCGAACGGGAAUGGAGAAAUCUGCGUCGCGAGUUUGCUGCACGAAAAGCUUUAGCUGCUCACGAUUCUUUCAAUAGCGCCGAAAGCGGUUUCAGCGAUGAGAGAGGUGAUACUGACGAAGAAGAAGAAGCGAUUGAAGGACGAAUCAGACACGGUCCGCGCAGACGGACACGAAAGGAGAGUCCUAGAGCGCCGACGCCGGACACAGAAUCCGAACAGCCGACAGAUACUGAGCUGUCAGAAUCGAAGACUGGAUCCUCGGUGACUUUGGAGCAACGCACGCCGACUCCGGAGACCGAAACGGAGUUGGAUGAGUCAGAAAUCGCGCAUAUUGAUCCAGAACUUAUUAACAUGACGGAAGUUGAUCACGCUAUGGAAGGCACGCAGGAGAUUCUGGAUCCUUUGGAUCAAGCUCUGACCAAUGUUAUACAAAAUCUUAUAAAAAUUGACAAUCGAGAAUCAGACGACAAUGUUCCGGCUUUACGGGAGAAUAUGGCAACAUCUUUCGAGGAUCCGUGCGGCAAUCCGAUCCCUGAAACCAACGGUGAUAUGAAGAUCGCUCGAACGGCAACUUCUAGAAUUGAUUUUAGCGACGAAAAUCCGCAAUCUUCGACCAUCGAAUCUCAGUAUUCAUCCGUUGUGAAGACUCUAAAACGAACAGCUACAAGUAUCGAUCUACCUUCAGCGGUGGAUAAUGGCGAAUCGUCUGAAUCGUCGUCAACUGCGACUCACAGAAAUUCAAGACAGCGUGAAGACGACGACGCGGACGGUGAGAUAAUAAAAUCCGAAAGUACUCCAUUAUCGCCCGUUUCUCAUACCCCCAUCGCUACUUUUGCGAAUACAACCAGCACGAUGUCUGUCUUUGCCAUCGGACCCCUUCCUGCAUCUACUGCACCGCCCUCGUCAAUGAAAAGCGUACAGUUCAGCAAUCCCUUGAUUGUGGGCCCGUCUAAUCGUUUUCUUGCUCCAGUGUUUGGUACGACCGUGACAGAAUUGGAAAACUUUACGGAUAGCUGUAUCACCUCCUCAUCAACCGUUUGUUCUUCCUCGUCGACGGUAUCGAGUCAAGAAGAGAUAGAGAGCAGGGAUCAACGAUCUUCCAAAUUAAUAGACAACGUCGCAGAUUCCGACAGUAUCUCUGUGGAUUCCUCUUCGAGUUUGGACACGGUCCGAGAAUUUCCUAUGGCCGACACAAGCCCAAUGGCUUCGUCUACAUCGUCUAGAGACGAGCUGCGAGAAAGCGCGGUAGGAUCGCAAAAGGAAACCACUCCGACUAAAUCCCGAACUCCGGAGGAAGUUUUGGCGACACGGGCCGAUCGACUGAAACGUUUGGAGGAACAGGCUGAUUGGCUUAUGAAAAAAAUGAACGCUACGAGCAAACGUGGCACCGCUCUCUGCACAAGAUUGGAGGAGCUUCAUAAUACUUACGGUGAACCGCCAGUUCCCCCACCUAUGCCAGAUGUUUUACCUAGCUAUAGGCUACCAUCCAUCCUGCCCAAUCUACCUCGUCAGGCAAAAAUACCUGAAUCAUCAUCCGCUAGCAAUACCAAGAAUACCGAAGACGAAAACUCGAACACGGCGAAAAAUGACGCGUCAACGUCAAAUGCAAAUGUGUCAUGAACCGUCUAUAAUAUUUUUUAUUUGCGAAGAAAAUUAAUUAAUAUUUAUUUUUAUUUCAAACAAACAAAGCUGCAAUACUAUUUUUGCGUACAAAAUCGCAAAGCAAUGUGUUUUAUUUGCAAUGUUGUCCCGGAUAUAAUUAACGUUUAAUUAUCGUAAUAUAGCUAAUUAUAAAAUAAGCUGUAUUAAGUUGUGAUCCCAUAUUGAUCUUCAGUCUCGACAUGCCUUCAAUUUUAAUUUUAAUAAAGACUCAUCAUUUAUUUAUAUCUUAAUUUUAUAUUAUAUAUAAAUAUCAUAAAAUAGAUUUCUCCUCGUUGUUCAAUAAAAAUUAAUGUAAUCUGUCUGUAGAUUCUAUUUUGUACCUCGCAUGUAUAAUUAAUAAAGAAAAAUUUUCCCACAUAA